AUGUUCUACAGUAAAAGGAGGAUGCACGUCCCAAUAGGACGGGCAGAGGCUGAGAGACAGAACUGGGACAGUGAUACAUUCUGGACCAGUGGUGAGUUCCAGAACGAGACCAUUGUUUGGCAUUUCAUAUUCUAUCUGAUGAUAUUGACACCAUUAUACAACAUUUUCAGCUUGAAAAUCAGGGUGAACCAGUUCACAAGCCUACUAACUGGGACAACACUUGGGUACAACGUUUAUGGCCUCUUUACUAUCAGCCCGCCGACUCUCCUCAGUGCAAGUUCAUUUAUACAGAGAUUUACAGUUGGAGGUCACUCUGCACAUAAAGGCUCGGGCUCAAACAUGCUUUGUGCUCACUCGGAACCCCAGUUCACUCGGACGUUCAGCAGAACAACAGGCAAAUUCAACUACCUGUAUGGGGCGGAAUAUGAACAGAUAUGGAGGACAGACCUUACCAACGAAGAUGCGCCUUGCUCUGUCUGUGUGGGCCUCACACGGUCCACUGCCACGUUGGUUCCUGGAAGACACGAGUGUAUGGAAGGAUGGCGCACAGAGUACUGGGGAUUCCUGGUUGGUCCAAAACACGCGGAUGCUGGGAAUGCUGAUUACAUCUUCCUUGAUUCAGAACCAAAAGCAACAGAAGGAAGUUACCAGGACCAUGACGGUCGUUUGUUGUUCAACGUGGAGUACCAGUGUGGAGCUCUGCCGUGUCCGCCAUACAAGACUGGGUUCUUUGUUCCUUCUGCCUUAUGCACAAUUUAAUGGUCAUGUUAAAAUGUGGAAAUGUUCCACACCCAUACAUAUUUCAA